UGUUUGCAGAAAAUGAAGCAAAUCACACAAUUAUUGAUAUUGUCAGCCCUUUUUGCAUGUGCCUUGACAGUGGCUGUUAAUAAAUGGCAUAACAGUGAAGAUGGCAGUCUUUUCUACAUAGACACUGAAGCCAAGUACAACUGGUUUGCUGCCUGGAAUGAGUGUGCUCGCAAGAAUAUGUCCUUGAUUGCCGUUGAUACCCACUACAAACAUCUGCAGAUAGAUACUUUGAUAAGAAAGCUUUUUGCUGCCUGCCCUUCAUUUUGGCUAAGUGGCCAUGAUAAUGCCGUCGAUUUACGCUAUGAAUGGGCCUUGACCGGCGAAGUCUUUACAUUUACCAAUUGGGGUCCUUCCCAACCCGAUCGUCUUGGCAACAAAGAGCAUUGUGUUUUGAUUUGGCAAAACACUUGGCAAUGGUACGAUUUAAGCUGUGACUACAAAUUAGGCUUUAUAUGUGAGGAAAAUCGCUACAUCAAAGAAAAAGCCCAAGAAAUUGCAAAUCUUAAAAAGCAAUGCGAGAAUUCAGCGAAGGAUACAAGUAAAUAUAAGAAAAUUAUAUUUUACAUAAAUUCGAAUGCAAAUUUAUCACAUUCGAUUGAAUAG